AUGCUGAGUGUGUGUGCAGGAGUCAAAUACAAGGGAGUGACAGUCAUCAGUGUAGCAGCUGACUGUAAGAGCAUGUUUCCAUUACUGUGCCAAAUCCUGAAGGCUCUUUUCUAUAGUCCAGAGCGCUCGGUGUACCAGGGGGUGUUGCAGACUAGCGUCACUACAGCUCUCGGGACUAUACAGAUCAUGGCAGGCCUGUUCAACAUUGGACUUGGGCCAGGACGAACAAGCACAAAUCCUGGAGAUUUGACAAGUUUAGGAGCUGCUUACUGGCUGGGUGCUGUGUUCAUUGUAACUGGAAUCAUGUCCAUUUUGGCCGGACAGUUCCCUUCUCCCUGCUUGGUGGGCUUCACUGUGUUCAUGAACAUUGCUGGAGCUAUCUUUGCCAUUACUGGCAUUGUGCUGUAUGCCAUAGACCUGGGAGAUGCAUCUCUACUCUGGAUGUGUGACAGCAGAAGGAACAGUACUGAUCAUUACGGUGAUAACUGCAGAAAUGUGGCGCUCUUUGCCCAGAAUUUGUUGACAUCCAUGGACGUGACGCUCAUCGCCCUGGCUGUUCUUCAGCUCUGUGUCAAUAUUAGGUUGGCUAUAUUGGGCAUCAGAGCUUUGACCAGUGAGAUGAAAAAGGAACAGGAUGUUGAAGAUCAGCUGCCACAGAUGAAGGAAGUCAUCCUGAGCAGUACUGACAUGUCCAUCACUGUUGUCAAAGACAAGGGAGUGACAGUGGUCACGGUGGCGGAUGAUGGUCAGAGCAUGUUCCCACCACUGUGCCAAAUCCUCAAGGCUCUUUGCUGCAGUCCGAUGUGCUGCUCAGUGUACAAGGGGCUGUUGCAGAGCAAUGUGGUUUCAGCUCUUGGGACUAUACAAAUCAUGGUGGGCCUUUUCAACAUUGGACUUGGGCCAGGACGAACAAGCACAGCCUUUAAGGAUUUUUAUUUGGGAGCUGCUUACUGGCUGGGUGUUGUGUUCAUCGCAGCCGGAAUUAUGUCUGUUCUUGCCGGCCGGUACUCCUCUCUUUGCUUAGUGGGCUUCGCUGUGUUUGUGAACAUAGUCGGGUCCAUCUCCGCCAUCGUUGGCGUUGUGCUAUAUGCCAUAGACCUGGGCGAUGUGUCUGUCACCAAUAUGUGUGACGGGAGCAGAUACAAUGCUGAUGACUGCAGACUUGUGGCGUACCUUGCCCAGCGUUUGUUGACCGCCAUGGACAUUACGCUGAUCGUCUUGGCUGUUCUCCAGCUGUGUGUCUGCAUAAGUUUUGCUGUUCUGGGCAUCAAGGCUCUGGUCAAUAGGAAGACGGAAGAGGAUGGCAGAGAUGUUGAGCUUACCCAGCCAGUGUUGAAGGAAGUCCUUGCCUAAAAUAAAUACAUCCAAUCAAAAAGAUGAAUAAUUAUGAAUAAGCAACACAUCUUUGUAAUGCUUGUAAUAAUUUUUUAAAACAUAUAUCAGCUGAAAAUGACAAAAAAAAACUACUUCAGUAAGACACUACAAUUCAUGUUAAAAAGAAAAUUCACUCUGGAGUUUGUGAAUGGAAAUGUAUGAAACAUUUUUUCUAUUGGUGGUGAAUGUUGCAAA